AGAAUAAUCAAUAUAAUGUUAAUUUAAUGUUAUAGCUUGAAAGACGUAGGCUACGUUAAAUAUAAUUUGACUGGGAAUCGCAGUAGUUAUAAAGAAGAUGCCAACGGGAAAGCAAAAGCAGUUUCGAAGAAAGCGAGAUUCAAGUCCCGAAGAAGAACCAGAGACCGAGGAUGUUCGGGACAUGUUAGAAGCCACCAAGGAAUUGCAGAAAAUAAGAAAAAGACAGAUGGGCGUGAACGCCGUUUCACUUGCUACUGGAGCAAAACUUAAGAAAGUUGAUAAUUUAGAUGUGGAGGCCGACCCAUUUAAAAUGACGACGGGGGGUUUGGUUGAAAUGGGAAACGUUAAAGACAGAAACCGAGAUCGAACAUACGAGGACGUGGAUCGUGAUGUGACAAACCUUGGUCAUACUUUCUCUGUGGAAACUAACAGAAGAGAUGAAGAUGCAGAAUUAACCGCUUACAUCGAGAAUGAACUUAAAAGAAGAAAAGGUGAAACUUCGAAUGGUGACGAUAAAAAAGCAAAGGAAUCGGCUGAAGAUAAAUUGUACCAACUGCCGGAACAUCUGCAAAUCAAAGUUGGAAAACAGUCAGAAGAAAUGUUGUCAAACCAAAUGCUUAGUGGAAUACCUGAAGUGGAUCUUGGAAUUGACACAAAGAUUAAAAACAUUGAACGCACUGAAGAAGCCAAGCAGAAACUGAUCACAGAACUUUCAAAGAAAAAAGAAAAACGAACUUCUUUCGUGCCGACAAACAUGGCGGUCAAUUAUGUUCAACAUAAACGAUUCAUGCAUAACGAUGGGCACAAAAAUGCAACAAAGAAAGAGCCGGAAACUGAAGCGCCUCCACUUGUGGUUGGUGACAGCGGACGGCGUCCCGCUUCCGAAGUGGCGCAACAUAGAGCUGACAACUCUGGAAAAUCCACCGACAAUUUCCACUACGAUAAGUUCCGUAAAGCUGCACGACGUUUCUGAAUAGGCGGGCAAAUUGGAAACUAAGCCCAGUUCGACACAGCCCAAUAUCCAUGAGGAUCAGUCCCAUUGAGAAAACUACAUAUGCUAUAUAUUGGUAUUGGAGGAGUUUCAGCACAAGUGUCGUUUUAUAAUAAACUGCCCAUGGUCAACCGUUAUACCGGUUUGGACGAACUGUAAUUGCUUUAACCUAAUGUUCUCUAUUGUCUAUAGGUUGUUACCAACUACUCUACUUCUACCACAGCCUGCUGUAAACGACUUGUAAAAAUACAAGGUCAUCACGCUUUUGAUUCUAAAAAAACACAUAUGUCCGUAUAUAUUAUAAUUUUAAUUGUUGUGCCUAUAAUUUAAAUAUAAGACGAUCGAGAUACUUGGAUAUUAAGUGCUAAAAGUGGCCAUCUUCCCCCAUCGUACUACAUAUGAGUUUUAUUAUUUCCGGCCUACGAGCACAGGAAGACAUAAUAAAUGUAAUGACGACAA